AUGUCGCGGGGCCCAGUUUCUUCUCAGCUUCACUUGCUGUCGAAUCUCCCUGCUGUACCUGUCGGUGACAAAGUCAGAUUCCUCGGAUGCGUCACUUCUUACUCAACCUCUUCGGCCUGUCUCUUCCUCAGUCAUCUUUAUCCAAGAGAUAGCAAUGCCACUGCUGUGGUGGAUGUCAGCCUUCUUCUAGAAUCCCUCACAGCUGAGCAAACACGUGUCGGCGAGUUUGUCAACGUGAUAGGGUAUAUCACAGAGCAAAAGAUGACUCGUGAUAAGAAACAACCAUACCAAGAGUCGAAACAGGUGUGUGUGCAAGCCAUAGUCCUCUGGUCAACUGGUCCCAUGGACCUUCAGAAGUACGAAAAGCUUCUCGAUUCAAAAUGA